ACUUGUUUUGGAGUAUCCUGAACGCCCUUGUGACUCAGUUUCUCUACAUAUUGUCCCAACGCGAACUUGCAUUCCAUCAUUCUCCGCACCUUCUAUAUCCUCCCUCUUCAUUUUCCUAUUCACACCCCCUCCCUUCUUAAACUUAAAUAUCAACACUCUUCAGUGAUCGUCAAAACUUGGUACUCAAGUGAAAAUGAGGAAAAUAGUGGUGAAGUUGGAUUUGCACGAUGACAAAGCAAAACAGAAGGCCAUGAAAUCAGUUUCCAGCCUUACAGGCAUUGAUUCUAUCGCCAUGGACAUGAAAGAGAAGAAGCUAACUGUAAUUGGUGACAUAGACCCUGUGGAUGUUGUGAGCAAAUUAAGAAAAACUUGGCACACUGAUAUUUUAACAGUUGGGCCGGCAAAAGAGCCAGAGAAGAAAAAAGAUGAUAAUAAUAAUAAUAGUAAUAACAAAAAGAAAGAUGAUGACAAAAAGAAAGAUCCAAAUGAACAAAUUGCUGAACUUGUUAAGCAAUACAAAAAUUACAAUCCCCACAUGACUACAUAUUAUCAUGUUCAGAGUGUAGAAGAGAACCCAAAUGCUUGUGUUAUUUGUUGACUCUCAUCACAAACAUAUAAUUGAAUUUGCGUGUAAAUUAUGAAUUGGGUAGUGAUAUAUUAUGAGGACUAAAGGUGUGUUAAAAAUUAAAAUAGGUUAUGAAGGUUUUUUUAAUGAAAUAAAUUGAUGUGAUUGUGAGCACAAUGUACACCUCCAGGACUUGUUCAUCGUGCCCUGUUUACCAAUAUGUCAACUAGGCGAUUUUGUAAUGCUAUUUCUAAAUUUUAAUGAGAAGAGGAUGAAGUUUCAAUAA